AUGACCUCAGUGUCCAGAGUCAAAUCGCUCGAUCACCUAGUCUUGACCGUCAGGGACAUUAACGCCACCAUCAAAUUUUACCAGGAUGUCUGCGGCAUGGUGCACACCUCUUUCACUGCCCCAACGGACCCCAGCAUCACUCGGCACGCCCUGAACUUUGGCAUCCAGAAAAUUAACCUACACCAAAGUGGAAAAGAGUUUGAGCCGAAAGCGGAGCAUGUACAGCCGGGGAGCGGCGACCUGUGCUUCCUGGUCGAGGACGAUGUUGAAAGGGUGCUGGAACGGCUCAAGGAGAGAGGGAUAACUGUGCUGGAGGGUGCAAAGGUGGUUGAGAGGACUGGAGCGCAAGGGAAGCUGCGCAGUGUCUAUCUUCGGGAUCCUGAUGGCAACUUGGUUGAGUAA